AUGUCACGACGCUCCCACUCGCCGUCGUCGCCGCGCCUCGCAAAGCGACCAAGACUAGACUUUGAACCGUUGACCCCGGAGGACUACAAGGAUGGUCUCAUGCUCGCCCCGAUGGUCAGAUCAGGCGCAUUGCCUACCCGUCUGUAUUCCCUGAAGCAUGGGGCGUCGCUGGUGUGGGGUCCAGAGACAAUAGACAAGGCGAUUUUGCACGCCGAGCGGGUCGUCGAUCCUGCCACCGGUGUCGUCUCAUACAACGGAAAGUCAAAGGCGAUCUUCAUGACACACCCCAUCGAGAAGCCCUACCUCAUCUACCAGAUAGGCUCCGCCGACCCCGAGACCGCCGUCCAAGCAGCGAAGGCCGUUAUGAACGACGUCGCCGGCUUUGACCUCAACUGCGGGUGUCCGAAGCCCUUCUCCACGCACUCCGGAAUGGGCGCAGCUCUCCUGACGAACCCCGACCUCCUCUGCUCCAUCCUCAGCGCCCUCCGAGAAGCCAUGCCCCCCGAGCUCUCGAUAUCUGCGAAAAUCCGUUUGCUACCUACGCAAGAGGAAACGCUCAAGCUCGUCGAACGCAUCAUCGGCACCGGCGUGAGCGCGUUGACGGUGCACUGUCGGACGCGGAACCAGCGCAAGCGGGAGCCUGCGCACGUCGACCGGCUGCGUGAGAUAGUGGAGUUUGUCGAGGGAAUGGGCCGGGGCGUGGCUGUCAUCGAGAACGGCGACUGCGAGGGUUAUGAGGAUGCAGUCCGGAUACGAGAAAUCACAAAACAAAGCGUCGGUGCUCAUGCCAAGGCCUGGCCAUGUGGCGGUUAUCGCCACUCAGGAGCGCAUUCAUGUAUGAUUGCCACCGCGGCUGAGUCCAACCCAAGUUGCUUCUCCCCAACACCUCUGGUCGACCUCGAGCACACUCUCAUCCCUUCAUAUCUGCGACUGAGCAAAUACCUCGGCAACAACUGGGGCGUGACCAAGUUUUGCACCUCGCAGUUCCAAGGCACACGCGUCAACGCGUCUCGCUCUGAUCUCAAGAACCUUCGGGCUGCAAUCCAGAAAGCUAAGGAUUUCGAAGGCAUGGAGGACGUCAUAGGGACAGGGUCGGGGGAGGCAGAGUUUCGCGAGAUAGUGGAGGCGAUCGAGAAGCGGGGAGGGCGCCGCGUCAAGGUGCAAGUGCUCAACCGCGGUGCAGAUGCUACACGAGACAGCGCUGCGUCCGCCCCCGCAGAGACAGAAAAUGUUGCCACUGAGGGUCCUACGUCUGGGAUCUCGGAGAAGGCGCCACAAACCGAGCACGUCCCGAGGUCGACUGCGGAUGCGAACGACUCGAGGGACGACCUGCACACGCCCCCGACUGGCACUGCUGAUCCCUCCGUAAUGAACGCGCCUCUCGCGCCUGCAAACGAGAUGAGGAUGCCACUGCCAGCGAUGAUCACCGGCGAACUUCCUACUCCUACGCCCACCCCUCGAAUUGGUUGUUAG